AUGAAAGUCGGAAUGAAAUCUCAGAGUCUCCAAAUUCAACAGAGAUUCAAUAUCAACAAGUCGUUUGAAAUAUUUGUUGGCCGGCCAAAUCUGAUACUGUUUACAACAAAUUCAAUCAAAAAGCGGAAUUAUAUCGAUGUCAAAAAUCUGGUCUCUGAAGCAUACGGAAUUCUGAAAAUUGGCGCCCCGACUCCAUUCAGCAAAAAUUUAUCUCAACUGGAGAAAAUGGCACUGGAGAUAUCGUAUUCAACUGGAAAGUGUACAAAACUCGAAGUGAUAUCUCAAAAUAGUUUCUCCAAAGUUUGGCAGUUUUAUUUUUUCUCAGCGGCCAAAUGGUUAACACAUUUGGAAGAAUUUACAGUACUUCCUAUAGCGGUACAACAGAUGCAAUUUCUUCAAUCUAUUUGGCAUGUCUUUGGUCGUAUAUAUAAAACUGGAAAGUCUGCAGAACUUCGUAAAAAACAAGCUAAUGAUUCGAAAAUAUUGAAUAUAUCCGAUCAGUAUUAUUUGGAAAUGGAGAAAACAGAAUUUGACAUGUCAUGGUUAUCGCCGUACCCUUUUGAUCAAGUUAAACUAUUUUUAUUCGGAGGCGAAGUUGAUUGCAAUGCUGACGAAUUAGUUGGUGCAAUUCUGAAAUUAGAUUUAUCUCAAAUUGAGAUUUGUUACAUGACUGCUCCACUAUGUUUCCAAUAUGCUGAAACAAGAUUCGCAGGAACAAAUUUUUCUGGAAUAGGUGAUCGGUUACUGGCUGUUUUGGACAAUGACCUUCAUCAGUAUUAUAUGACAAGACCAGAUCGAAACAGGAAUUAUGCAUGGAGAUUGGCACAAAUGUUGAAAAUGAAUCAAAGUAUACAGACGAAACAUUGUACCCUUAUCACUUAUUUAUUUCAUUCACAAACCAAGAUUGUCUAUUGGAAGAUGCAGAAGUUUUGUGAAGUCUGUGGUGCGUCGGCUCAUGGAUAUCAUUUUGGAGCAAUUAGUUGCAGAGCAUGUGCUGCAUUUUUCAAAAGAGCACUGCUAGCUAAACAACAGAGGAAAUCAUGUAAAUAUGGAGAAGGAUGCACGGAUUUCAGUGGUAUUUCAAGCCCGUCGUGUAAAAGUUGUCGUCUCGAAAAGUGCCUGAAAGUUGGAAUGAAUGAUAGCAAUCUGCAGUCUAACCGGAAACCAAUCCAGGCAGUGGAAUUAUAUGCUGGUCCUCGAAAUCUCAGAACAUCAGGAAGUCCUACAAAGCAGAGAACUUAUAUUGAUGUCAAACACUUAAUUUACCAAGGCUUGAAAAUCCUGAAUAUGGGAUCUCCGUGUACAUUGAACCAAGAACUCACUCAGCUUCAGAAGUUAUCGCUUUGCAGUCUGAAACCUCCCGAGAAUCCUAAGCAACUGCAUUUUAUUGGAAAAAACACUACAGUUGGAAUGUGGGAACUUGAUUUUUUGUCAGCUGCCAAGUGGUUGACACACUUCGAUGAACUGAAAAAGCUUCCACCAGGCAUCCAGAUGCAAUUUCUACAAACGAUAUGGCAUUUGUGGGCAUUGAUAAACAAACUUAUUCGAACAGCUGGGCAAUGGGAGAAUGGAUGGCAAGAUUCCAAACGACUACAACUUUGUGACGAUUCUUAUAUUGAUAUGGAUAAUGCUAAGGUCGAUGUUUCAUGGGCGACACAUUUCUCAUUCGACUUUUCGGAAGUUGAACUUACUUUUAUGGUUUCCCAGCUAUGUUUUCAAUAUGCUGCAAGUCGUUUCACAGAAACAGAGUUCUCAGAAGUCUGUGAAAAGUUCCAAGAGAUAUUGGCAAAUGAUCUACACCAACAUUAUGCCAGCAACUCAAUGAGUGACAAGAAUUACGCAGGGAGACUGUCACAAAUUCUCAAAAUUAACCAAGAAAUUCUGAAAGACAUCAGAAGUCUCCGAGAGAAAACAUUGAUUGCAAACACGUUUGAUCUUUUCAAAGUUGAUUUUUCACAUCCCGAAAUGUUUGUUGAUACUGGAUACAAGUAG